UUCAGCUCAACAACGAAGGUUCCUGAACCCUGCUGCCUGCUCAGACUGAUUCUAUCUUCCUGGUCUUCUCUCUUCCCUGUUGAGCCUCCAAGGGUAGCCUCAGAUGAUCUCAAAAAGGGGGAGAAAAUGACUAUGAUGGCUCACCAGUCCUCUUCUUGGAUCUUCAUCAAUGAGAGGACAUUCAUUACCAGGGAACAACUUAAUUCUUUAUUGAAGACCUAUAACAUCUUUUAUAGGAACCAGAAAAAUCUGCAUAUUUUAUAUGGACAGACUGACGAUGGUAAACUAAUUGUUGAAGGAACGCUGGACAUUUUCUGGGGAGUAAAGCAGCCUAUACAGCUGAAAAUACAAGAUGAGAAGCAAAUCCCCUCUUUCACUGUGCUGAAGUCACCAGAUGUCUUUUCCAAAAGGGGAAUGACACGCUGGGGAGAAUUUGAUGAUCUUUACCGUAUUAGUGAUUUGGACAGGACUCAGAUUCCAGUGUCUGGAGCAACAGAUUCCCAGGAAGAUUAUUUAUCUUAUCACAGUAGCACUCUGAAGCUUCAUGCAGAUGAAGAACCUGAAUCCCCAUUGCUCUACAGAACCAUGAGUGAAGCAACCCUGGUGAGAAAAAGGAUGAAGCCUCCGAUGGUGGACAGAAAGGACAGACAGAAGCAUAGGGCCUCUAUUAACGGACACUUUUAUAACCAUGAAACAUCAAUUUUCACUCCAGCCUUUGGAUCAGAAACUAAGGUCAGAAUAAACAGUAAUAUGAGAACUGAAGAAGUAAUAAAGCAAAUUCUCCAAAAAUUUAAGAUUGAAAAUAGUGCCCAGGAUUUUUCACUUUACAUUAUUUUUGGAACAGGAGAGCAGAGACGGCUAAAGAAAACAGACAUUCCGCUACUGCAUAGACUCCUACAGGGACCAUCCAAAAAGAAUGCUCGCAUUUUCCUCAUGGAUAAAGAUGCAGAAGAAAUUAGCAGUGAUGUGGCUCAGUAUAUUAACUUUCAUUUUUCUCUCCUGGAAUCCAUCCUUCAAAGAUUAAAUGAAGAAGAGAAAAGAGAGAUUCAAAGAACAAUAACAAAAUUCAGUACAGAAAAGGCUAUCAUACUGAAAUGUCUUCAAAGUAAGCAGGUAAUAAAAACAGAGACAACAGUUUAG